CUGGAAGACUCCUGAGAUUCCCAAGUGAGUCUGUGAAGUAAAUCAUGGCCUUAAAAUGACCGCUGGGGCUUCUAGGAGCUCCUAAGUGGAAUCUAAAUCUCUCUGCUGUGUGCACAAAGUUUAUUGGAGCUUUAUUCCCAAAGAAGAAUUGAAUUGAGCAUUGACACAACAGGUUGCUGAGAGCAACAAUUUUGCAUCAUUUACAGCAUGGAGACAAGAGACCUCACUCGGAGUCCCAGGAAUGAAGAAGUAUUGAACUGCCUAUAUCAAAGGCCUGGUGCAGUUUUUAAACUGAUUUGCUUUCCCUGGGCAGGAAGUGGCUCCAUUUAUUUUGCCAGGUGGGGCCAAACGAUUAAUGGUUUACUAGAAGUGCAUUCUGUGAGACUGGCUGGAAGAGAAAGUCGACUUCAAGAACCUUUUGCAAAUGACAUUUGCCAGAUAGCUGAUGAAAUUGCUUCUGCUCUGCUGCCGGUCAUCCAGGAUAAACCGUUUGCAUUUUUUGGCCACAGUGUUGGAUCCUACAUUGCUUUUAUGACUGCACUGUACCUGAAGGAGAAACAUAAGCUGGAGCCAUUGCAUUUAUUUAUAUCCAGUGCAACUGCUCCCCACUCAACAUCCCAGCUUCAAAUACCUGAAGUUGAUGGUUUGUCUGAAGAACAAGUCCAAAGUUACCUUCAGCACUUUGGAGGCACCCCCAAGCAUGUCAUCAAAGACAAGGAAGCUCUGCAACAAUGCAUUCCCAUUCUGAAGGCAGAUAUAACCCUUCUUCGAAAUUUCAGCUUUGACACACCCUCAAAGCCUCUUCUUUCUUGGGAUAUAACUUGCUUUUAUGGAUCUGAAGAUGUUAUAAAGAAUAUAGAAGGAUGGAAAGAUGUAACCAGUGGAAAGCUCGAUGUUCAUAUUUUGCCUGGAGAUCACUUUUAUCUGAUGGAACCUAACAACGAGGCCUUCAUCAAGAACUACAUAAGCAAGUGUUUAGAACUAACAUCACUUGCCAGCUAUUAGAUAGUCUUCCUUUUCACUUUGUGUGCUCAAAAUGAUCACAUGCUGUUCUUCUGGGUCAUGGUGACAUAGCUCUUUAGCAUUAUUUAGAGAGUGGAAAUUAUACAUUCUCUACUUUCAGGGUGAUCUGUUACAUAAUAAUGCAUUUCUUUGUGGAACAUUUAUUUUUGGGGAAAAGAUAUAGGAAAGAAUACUUCAGCAAGGGAGCCCCAUCCCUAGCUGGCAGCUGAUAGUUGCUGGGGAUUCUCUGGGGAUGCAGCACUGGUAUGUUUCCACACUCCAGUGGAUGGCCCCACACCCAUGCUCAUGGAGAUAGCACUAAUUGGACUCAGUGGGUGAUAAAAAAUCAGGCAUGAAGUUUGG